AUGGCAGCCGAGAGGAGUGUGUGGGUGCUAAGGAUUAACACCCAGAAGGAUGUCCAACCCCCAAAGCAGCAGCCAGUGAUACAUAUCUGUGGAGAAUGUCACGCAGAAAAUGAAAUGAAGUCCAUGGAUCCAAUCAGAUGCAGAGAAUGUGGAUACAGAAUAAUGUACAAGAAAAGGACUAAAAGAUUGGUGGUUUUUGAUGCUUAA